GUUACACUUGUAUAUACUGUUAUUUUUCUGGAUCGUUUCACGAAUUCGAAACAGCUGUCACGAAUGUCACGUCAUGACAGUUUGUGUACUACACGCCGUUGAUAGGCUAUUAUUGACGCUUGCGCGCGCGAUUUAGAUAACAAUCGUACGUUGGCAAGGAUCCAGGGUGGUCCAGGGGAGUCAUCGAGUUUGUGUGGCCGACCUGCACGUGCACCACAGGCCAUUUACGCGGGGGGGAGGGGGGAGGGCGGAGGAAGGCGCGAGAAACAACGAACGUGUGUCAAGCCCGUUCACCGUACAGCGGGAAGCGGGAAUCGCGUGAACCGACAAUAAAAGCGACGGAGAGAAGAGACAGGGACACCCGCGUGUCGCCGUGUGUUUACAUGCGACGAACGACUGCCGUCGCUAUCGCCGUUAUCUGACGUCUUGCCACCGUUCGACCACACAACGACACAAAUGAUGACCUGCGAGGUGAGACCUGGCAAGCCGUGGCACGAUGGUCGUAUCUUUUAACCGGUACCUGCCGGUGAUACUGCCGGAGAUUGACGACAGCGAACCCGACGGCGCCGUCGCCGCGAGCGACGUCGGGCCGCCCGACGUCAAGCAGCGCGCUUCGUACAUCACGGAUGAGCCUGUUGCGAGGAAUUGUUCGACCAGCACCAGCACUAUCAGCGGCGGCGGCGGCGGGGGGCCGGCGACGACCCCGCCCCGCGCCUCCGUGACAACGCCGGCAGUCACAGUGACGACGUCGGCGGUCACAGUACCGCUGUGCAUCCUGGGCGAGGUACAGCUGCGCUUCCUCUGUCCCGACGACCUGGAGGAAGUACGAUCGCUCUGCCAAGAUUGGUUCCCCAUAGAUUAUCCUUAUUCAUGGUAUGAAGACAUCACAAGUUCGUCAAGGUUUUAUGCACUUGCAGCAGUGUACGGUGGAGUAAUAAUAGGGCUGAUUGUCGCAGAAAUAAAGCCUUAUGCCAGAUUGAACAAGGAGGAUCGCGGCAUCUUGUGCUCCAGUCUGGGAAAAAAUUGUUUAGUGGGUUAUAUACUUAGUUUAGGAGUACGUCGCGCAUAUAGGAGAAAUGGCAUAGCGUCAUUGCUACUGGAACAGUUACUCGCUCAUGUCACCGCUCCAGAACGUUCCUCCGUAAAGGCAGUCUUCCUACACGUGCUCUCCAGCAACGCUCCCGCUAUAUUGUUUUAUCAGAGGUGUCACUUUCGACUGCACAGUUUCCUUCCGUAUUACUACUCGAUCCGAGGAAAAUGUAAGGACGGUUUUACAUAUGUUCUUUACAUCAACGGCGGACACGCACCCUGGGGUAUUUGGGACUGGGUUCGUCACUUGGCCGGUGCGAUGACCAGUCUCAUACCGUGCAGAGUACCACGAUGGAUUUGGCAACGUCUUUUAUGGGCAACCACCAUUCUUUCGUACCACAGAUGAUACAUUUUGUGAUUUAUUAUGUUCCAUUACAUAUUUAUUUUUCUCUUUUGGAUUAUAGAGAUAUUAUACGCAUGUAAAGUGCCAUAAGUUGACCAGUUCAAGUAGUUAGCCAUAUUGCGUAGUCCUAAUGCAAAGUUAGAAAUGGACAUUGAUCAAAGAUCGAUUUAUAUAACAUGAACAAAUAUUCAAAUUCGUCUAAAGUUUGGGCAGCAAGGCUUCAGAGUAUCUUGGCACAACUUUUGUUACCAAGGAUUGCUAGUUAUUAAGUACAUAUCGUUAUUACAAUACUGUUGUAAUAGUUCGAGAUGUAACUGCCAAAAUUAAUUAAGUUUAAAUAAUUUGCACACGUUAGGACUUAAUAUAUCUUCCAUCAUUUUUAAAAAUUAUAAUACUCUAAAUUUAAUUGUUAAUUUUAAUGAAGGCACAAACCUUGACAUAAUUAAGUAUAUUUGUUUAUCUUUCGUUUGAAAAUUGUGUACUCUAAUUUUUUUUUUUUUUUUUUUCUACGAGGGUAGGGGGAAAUCUUCAAAAGACCCCCUAGGGCCCGUACCCUAGAGGAGUGCCGGACUCGAGACAUUUGCAUCGCGAUACUGCAUAUGUCUCGCCUAACGGCUAAAACCCCCUCCCUUUUUUUCCUUAAAAGAUCCACUUGAUGAGCAUCUACCGAGUAUCAUUCUCAUAUUACUUUCGGGAGAUGCUCAUCUAUAAUUUUAUCUAUUUAAAACAUCCCAAAUUUCUAUGAUUUUUUUAUUUCCAAAUUUGUAGAGAAAUUUGGAGAUCGAAAAUCAUAGAGCAAAUUAUGAUCUUUUAAGCAAAAAUGAUUUAAGACUGCAUAAUUACGAUGUCAUACUUUGUCCCUCUGCUGCCACAUCGACUGUAUAAUAUAUGUAUAAACUGUGUACAUAUUUUGUAUAUUAAAUAAAUACUUAAU